GACACAGCAUAAACACCCGAGUGCGCGCUGCUGUGCGGAGGCGGCGACCGGCGGCUCGGAAAGACGCGUUUGCAGCUGAGGCUGGAGACUCAAGCAGCCGGAGGAGGUUUAAAAUCAGCCACGAUGGCCACCAGAAGGAGAGCUCUGAGCUUCAGUGAAAGACACCAGAAGUUAGUAGAUAAGAACUUCCUCAAAUCGUUGCAUGUCCAAAACUUGAACAAGUUGGAGAGGCAAGCCAGGAGCCAGGUCGUGCAAAAUGAAAACGAUGAGAGGGUUGAACGUAAGAGGUUUCUCAGAGUGCUACAGAAUGAGCAGUUUGAGCUGGACAUGGAAGAAGCCAUCCAAAAAGCAGAAGAGAACAAGAUGCUGAGGGAUCGACAGCUUGAACAGGAAGAGAGACUUGCAAACGAACUGGCCAAACUCAAGCAUGAGAGCCUGAAGGAUGAAAAGAUGAGGCAGCAAGUGAGAGAGAACAGUAUCGAGCUCAGAGAGUUGGAGCAAAAAUUGAAAGCCGCUUACAUGAAUAAGGAGAGAGCUGCCCAGAUUGCUGAGAAGGACGCCAUCAAAUAUGAACAAAUGAAACGUGAUGCUGACAUAGCCAGGAUCAUGAUGGAGGAGCACGAGAGACUUCUGAAGGAAGAGAGCGUCAGGCAAGACCAGCGGAACAAGGAGAGGGUCCAGUACCACCUGGACCUGGAAAAACAGCUUGAAGAACAAGAGAGGAGAAAGCAGGAGGCUUAUGAGCAGCUGCUAAAAGAAAAGCUCAUGAUUGACGAGAUUGUCAGGAAGAUCUACGAGGAGGACCAGGUGGAAAGACAGCAAAAAUUAGAAAAAAUGAAUGCAACUCAGAAGUAUAUUGAAGAGUUCCAGAGGGAGCAAGCGCUCUGGAGACAAAAGAAGCGGGAGGAGAUGGAGGAAGAGAACAGGAAAAUCAUAGAGUUUGCCAGCGUACAGCAGCAAAGAGAAGAGGAACGCAUGGCCAGAGUCCAAGCGAGUGAGGAGAAGAGGGCCCAGUGUCAGAGUCUGCUGAUCCAGAAGCUGGAAGAAAUGCUGCGACAGCGUGAUGAUCUGGAGCAAGUGCGGCAGGAGCUGUACCAGGAGGAGCGAGCCGAGACCCUGAAACUGAAAGCGAAAGAAGAAGCAGAGCAGAAGCUGCGGAAGCAGAGGGAGAUGAAGCAAGACUUUGAAGACCAAAUGGCACUGAAGGAAAUAAUUCUACAGGCUGCAAAAGAGGAGGAAGAGACCUUUAGGAAAGCCAUGCUCGCUAAGUUUGCGGAAGAUGACCGGAUAGAGCUCAUGAAUGCCCAGAAACAACGAAUGAAGCAGUUGGAGCACAAACGGGCUGUGGAGAAGCUCAUUGAAGAGCGGCACAGCCAGUUCCUUGCAGACAAAAAACGCGAGCUAGAGGAAUUGCAGCUACAGCAAAGGCGGCAGGGCUGCAUCAAUGAGAUUAUUGAAGAAGAAAGGCUGAGACUCCUCAAAGAGCAUGCUACAAAAUUACUAGGCUAUCUCCCCAAAGGAGUGUUUAAAAGAGAGGAUGAUGUUGAGAUGCUUGGAGAAGAGUUUAAGAAAGCCUAUCAGAAAAGGAGUGAAGUCUGAAGAGAAGUGAUCAGCACCAGGCGUUGAUGAAACCUGGACUUUCCAGACACUACCACUAGAUGGCAGUGUAACUGUUUUACAGUUGGUGACAGCAGGUUCCAGUGUCUGCAUGUUCUAAAACAUCCUAUUUCACCGUUUAUAAAUAGUUAGACAAAAAUUAAACACAUCGGCACUUUAACUGUAGAACAAGUCACUUUUAUUCACUAUUCGAUGCUGUCAUGUCACCAAAUCCCAUAGAACCACAUGAGUCAAACAGAAGGUAACUACUCAAUGUUUCCAGUAUUAUUCAGAGAUGUUUCUGUAUACUCAUCCUUUUGACAGUGCAUAUAUCUCCUCAAUACACUGCCUUUUAAAAUGUA